CUCCAGAGAGAGACCUGGGGAGAGACGCGAGCAAGAGUUCCCACAGGUUCCCACCCAGUUCCCACCAACUUCCAAGAACCCUUCUCCGCUUCCAUCGGUCCCAUUGGCACAUGCACUUCUCGGUGCAACGACGACUCAACUAUAGCACCCAUCUUCUACGACCACCGCCGUCAAGCCAGACAGCCGCUCAUAAUGGAAACCUUCUCAGGCCUGAUAAGCUACGCGCAGGACAACGUCCUCGAGCCGCUCGUCGGCGCCAAAUGCGCCGACAGGAUCGCCCAUUUCGACCUGUCGUCGGUAGAUUGCCUGAAGCUGUUCGUCAGUAAGGUGCUCGGCCUAGGCAUUAUGGCUGGUGGGACUAUUGUGAAAGUGCCGCAGAUAUUAAAGAUUACGGGGAGCCGGAGCACGCAGGGGCUCAGUUUUGCGAGUUAUCUGCUUGAGACUGCUGCUUAUACCAUCUCGCUGGCUUACAACUGGAGGAAUGGAUAUCCGUUUGGGACUUAUGGAGAAAUGGCCUUCAUAAACAUCCAAAACCUCGUAAUUCUCGGCCUCAUCCUCGUCUACUCCCGCAACCUCUUCGGCCUCCUAGCCUUCCUCUCCCUUUACUCCCUCAGCACGCUCGCCCUCUUCGAAGAAUCCCUCAUCAACCCCACCCAACUCCAACAGCUCUUCGCCUCAAUGGUCGCCAUCUCCGCAGCCUCGAAGCUGCCGCAGAUCUGGAACAACUGGCGCGCGAAAUCGACGGGACAGUUGUCGGCUAUUACGACGUUUUUGACGUUUGCGGGGUCCGCUGCGAGGGUGUUUACGACCCUGCAGGAGGUGGAUGAUGUCAAUGUGCUCGUGUCGACUUUGGUGGCGACCGGGCUGAAUGCCUGGUUGGCGGUGCAGAUGUUGGUUUACUGGAGGAGUGGGCCGAGCUCGAGAAACCUAAACGUGCGCGACAUCUCCCAUUCUCCUUCCCACCACAGUCACUCCCCGGGUACAAACGUGCCGACAAGAAGAAGUCGAAAAAGGCGUUGUGAGAAACGCGAUGCAUUCAUCGACUGAUCCGGACGGAACUUCGCAAGUUCUUAUGUUCAGACCCUUGAAAGGCGUAGUAGGCAGAGGUUGCUGGUCAAUAUACUCAGACUAGCUUUCCACGUGCAGUACGUAAAGAGAUGACUUGAUGAUAAUAUGUAUCUGACAUGUAACAUAGAUCGACCAGGGGUAUGCACAAUAAGAACAGAUGUGAAAACAGA